AUGGGUGCGCGGUGCAGCGGCGGCUGCGACGGGCGUGAGGACGGCGCCGUGGAGGCGCUGGUGCAGUGGCAGAAGGUGAGCGACUUCCUGAUCGGGGCGUCCUACAUGUCCAUCCCGCUGGAGCUGCUGCACUUCGCCACCUGCGCCGACCUCAAGCCGCUCCGGUGGGUGCUCCUCCAGUUCGGCGCCUUCAUCGUGCUCUGCGGCCUCGUCCACCUCGUCGCCGUCUUCACCUACGCCCGCCCGGACUCGCGCCGACUCCUCGUUGCCAUCACCGCCGCCAAGGCGCUGGCCGCCGUCGCCGCCGUCUCCCUCCCCACCUUCAUCCCUCAGCUGCUCCGCCUCAAGACCCGCGAGGCGCUCCUCCGGGACAAGGCGCGCCAGCUGGACCGUGACGUCGACCUCGUCAGGCGCCGCGAGGAGAUCGCCGCGCGCGUCGUCCGCGCCAUCACGCAGCACAUCCGCCGCGACGGUGGAGGCGGAGCCGGAGGUGCUCUCCAGCCAGACACGCACGCCGUCCUGCGCACCGCCGUGUUCCACCUCUCCGACGCCCUCAGCCUCAGCAGCUGCGCUGUCUGGAUGCCCGCGGCGUCCAGUGAUGAUGGCCACAGCUUGCUCCACCUCGUACAUCAGCUGCCUGAAGAUGAGCACCAAGCCCCGACGAUGACGACGAGGAUGGCCAUUCGCAUCACUGACCCGGACGUGGCCGCCGUCAUGGCCAGCAAGGACGCCAAGGUGCUGAGGCCGGGCUCGGCGCUCGGGACGACGUCUGGUCAUGGACGUGCGGCUGCCAUACGGAUGCCUAUGCUGACGGUGUCCAACUUCGUCGACGCAUCAUCCUCAGGAUCAGAUGGGCAGGGAGCUGCUGUGAGCUACGCGAUCAUGGUCUUGGUUCUUCCGACUACUAAGAAUCACAGGGCUAGAGGAGGAGGAGGAGGAGCACGAGAGUGGAACAGGCAGGAGCUGGAGAUCGUGGAGGUUGCGACGGACCCGUUAGCCGUGGCGCUGUCGCACGCGGCGGUGCAGGAGGAGUGGCAGCUGACUCGGCACAAGCUGGCCGAGUGGCAGAGGGUCCUGGCGCAGGCCCGGCACGACGCCGCGGUGGCCACCGGGGCCAGGGACGCCGCGCAGAGCGCCAUGCGCGAAGGCGUGCUGAGGCCGAUGCACUCCGUCGCGGGGCUGCUCUCGCUGAUGCAGGCGCAGCAGCAGCAGGACGGGGCCUUCCGUUGCGCCGAGCAGAGGGUCGCCGUGGAUGCCAUGGCCAGGAUCAGCGCCCUCUCCUCCACGCUGAUUGACGACGUCAUAUCGGCGCUGCUGACGCCGGCGACUGUCCGUGGUGAGCCAGCGUCGGCGGGUGCCAGCUGCGAAUGCCAUUGCCAUGACCUCUGCUUUGCCGUGGACACUGUUCCGGUGGGUGACCAGGAGACCAUGUCAGGCUCAGGCCUCCCUGAUUGGAUCACCCCCAACUUCUCUGGCUGCAAACUGGGUAUGUGUCAGGUUCCGAUUUGGGAUCACAAAACACUUCCGAGACAGCUUACUGCUUUCGUGCAGCCCACGACCUCAAGAAAGAAUCAGAAGAAGGACCAGCACCAGCGUCAGCGUCAGUUCAGUUUCAGUCAGCUCCGAGACGCGGCUAAGCAUCGCUACGUGCAACAAGAUCGUGCAGAUGAUGAACGUGACGACACCAGCCGGGAGGUGACGCGGAAGCUCCUGGAGAGGCUCGGCUGCCAUGUGCUGCCGGUCCCGUCGGCCGCGCACUGCCUCAGCCUUCUACUGGGGAGCGCCACCGCCGGCGGCGAUAAUCCGUCGUUCCAGUUCCCCUACUUGCAACCGCAGGCGGUGCUUCUGGACCUCCACACACCAGCCGCAGCUAGCGUUGACGCCGCCAGUGCGAUGGAUGAUGGGUUUGAGGUCGCCCUCAGGAUCCGGGAGGUCACCGGCGACAGGUUCAGCUGGCUGCUCAUACUUGUCGCGCUGCCAUUGCCACCGAGAGCAAGCUGCAUCGACGUCCGCGACGUGUGCAAGCGGACGGGAGUGAAUGGCGUCAUCCACAAACCCAUCACGCUGCCAGCACUGGCAGCUCAGCUUCAGAGAGCUGUCCACAACGACAGCUGA